UUUAGGAGGUGAAAUGCAAAAGUUGAAAAAAUAAGACAAUCAAUCAACUAAUUCAAGUUUAAGUAUAGGAUGUCAUUUGGCUUUUAAUUGAACAAUCAAAAAAUACAGAGCAUUUUAUUUAUUGAGAAAGUCUUUACUUUUUUUUUUUAUUAAUAAUGGCAUUUUUUAAUUGGCUCUUUUUUCAGUAAUUUUACGCAUGCGUAAAAAUACUGCAGACAAACUAUCUUGAAGGCACUGUGCAUUUGGUGAAAGAUAAAAACAUUUAACAACUUCUCUCCAAUAUUCACGCCUUGCUUUUUUCUUGUUUCCUUCAGUGCAGCAGGGCGCACGGUGCCGUUAAUCCACGGGAUUAGGUAAAGCUUGGGCCGCAUUGGAAUAACACGUACAAAAUACCAUGGCAACGACCGGAGCGGGUGAGAAAAAAAGCGUGAAUGGGUCAUUUUGGUUUUCAAUGGCUUCUUUUCCUGAUCUGUAUCCAGUUCGCGUUCAGUGUCAGCGCGCGCUCAGCUCCUACUAAUGCGAAUGCGCCGUCCGUGCGCGCGUCAUGAGACUGGACGGUUAUUUAUAGGCUCUGAGGGGGAAUAGCGGUGCGAGGGAUUCCUCUGAAGGGCUGCUUGGCUUUGUCAAGGACCUGGACAUCAGGGAGGAGAUGAGGAGGGGGUGAGGGAGGGGGCAGCACUGCGCACAAAUAGCCUAACCAAAAUAGGACCGAUGCGCCGACAGGGAGCUAAAUUGAGGGGGGCGUUUGGGAGGGAGAGGACACAAAAGCGCAAUCCAUCCAUGGAAGGAGUUUAAAGGGAUCGUGAUGUCUCAAACCACCAAAGAGAUCUACACGCAUGAUUUCUGUGAUGGGGAGCACGCGGCUCACAUUUUGGAUGCGCUCAGGCAUUUCUACGCGCGCGGCUUGUUCACUGACGUGACCUUGCAGUGUGAUGAAUCCGGAGAGGUGUUUCCCUGCCACCGAGCCCUUCUGGCAGCGCGCAGCUCCUAUUUUAAAGUCAUGUUUACAGCUGACAUGAAGGAACGAUCCAACAGCUUGAUCAAGCUGACCGGAGUGGACGGCGGAGUUCUGCGCGCUCUGCUGGAUUAUGUCUACACCGCGCAGGUGCGCAUCACUGAGAGGAACGUGCAGGGCUUGCUGGAGGCUGCAGACCUCCUUCAGUUCACCUCUGUCAAACAAGCCUGUGAGGACUUCCUUGUUCGCCUCCUGGACGUGGACAACUGUCUGGGCAUGCACACGUUCGCUGAGCUGCACCUGUGCACUAAACUGGAGAGGGAGGCCCGCAGACUGAUGCUGAGCAGAUUCACGGAGCUCACUGAUCAAGAGGAGUUCCUGGAUUUGGACUUUGAGAGAGUGAGGUCAGUGCUUUCUGCUCAGAGCAUCACUACACAGAGAGAUGAAGAUCUCAUAGAUGCUAUUGUGAAGUGGGUCACUCAUGGGUUGGAUGAGCGCAUCCCUUAUGUGUCAGAGCUCCUGCACUGCAUUGACCUGGAUCUGGAUGAGAUUUAUUUCCGAUCUUCAUUGGAAGUGCACAGACAGUAUCUGUCAAAAGAUGAUGGGAAGCUGAGGUCUGUCAUCUUUCAGGCUCUGAGAUCCAAUGACAAAGACAUCCCCACCAGAGGAAAAGUAUCCUCCAGCGUGUACAUCAUCGGAGGAUACUACUGGCACCCUCUUUGUGAGGUUCACAUCUGGGAUCCCAUCAGCAACACUUGGGUGCAAGGCAAAGACAUUCCUGACCACGACAGAGAAAGCUACAGUGUCACCUUGCUUGGGGGAAACAUUUAUGUGACUGGCGGCUACCAGACAAAUACAGUGGAGGCCCUGGACAGAGUUUCUAUCUAUAACUGUGAUUCUGAUGAAUGGACCGAUGGUUGCCCCAUGAUCACAGCCAGGUACUAUCACUCCUCUGUAGCUCUGCGGGGCUGUAUUUAUGUCUUGGGAGGAUACAGAGCGGGAGCUCCGGAGCGAGAGACAGAAUUUUACGAUCCUUUAAAAAAGAAAUGGUUUUCUGUCUCCAAAAUGAUCCAAGGUGUAGGAAAUGCUUCUGCUUGCACAGUAGCAGAAAAAAUCUAUGUGACUGGAGGCCACUAUGGAUACAGAGGAAGCUGCACGUAUGAGAACAUCCAGAUGUACAACCCUGAUGUUAACGAAUGGAGUAUCAUUACAAUAAGUCCUCAUCCUGAGCAUGGACUGUGUUCGGUGUCCCUGAACAACAAGCUGUAUUUAGUGGGUGGGCAGACGGCCGUCGCGGACUGCUACGACACAGAGAAAGAUGAAUGGAGACCCGUGUCUAUGAUGAACGAGAGGAGAAUGGAGUGUGGAGCUGUGGUCAUAAAUGGAUGCAUAUAUGUGACAGGAGGAUAUUCCUACUCCAAAGGGACGUACCUGCAAAGCAUAGAAAAAUACGACCCUGACUUGGACUCAUGGAAGAUUGUGGGUUCUCUUCCCAGCCCGACUAGAUCUCAUGGAUGUGUUUGCAUCCUUGGUGUUCGCUGACAAAGAUUAAGUAUUUAAUAAUGAUGUGAUAAACUGAUUAAUUUGCUGUGCAAUAUUUGUAGGGAUAUUUUUAUACUCUUACACAGAAAUACCUUUUCUUUUUCUCAGGAAGUAUUUAAAUAUCAAGCUAAUGUGUUUUUAUAAGACUCACUGACCUCUUGAAUAACACUAUUGUUAAUUCUGAAAUCCUAUGAAGUCCAUAUUAAAAUAUUGAAUAUAAUAUUAUGUUUCACAGUUUAUUAAAGACUUUCAUAAAACCAA